AUGGAUGAUAACUGGACAGGAUUUAACGAAAAGCUGAAUGGUGAAAUUGGAAGAGAUAUGGGCAAGAUUAUUGGAAUAAGGACAGGAUUACCAUUGCCAUCAAUAUGGGAGACACUGAUUCAAUUGGGUGUAUAUUUUAUAAUAGAGGACUACACAAAUUAUUGGAUUCAUAGAUUACUACAUUGCAAAUGGUGGUAUGAAAAGAUUCAUAAGGUGCACCAUGAGUAUACUGCCCCAAUUGGUUUUGCAGCCUCUUACGCUCAUUGGGCUGAGAUUUUAAUGCUUGGAUUUCCUUCAUUUCUUGGGCCUGCAAUUGUUCCGUGUCAUAUAACUACAUUUUUGUUAUGGGUGGUUUUGAGGCACAUUGAAGCUAUUGAAACUCACGGCGGAUAUGAUUUUCCAUGGAGCCCUACAAAGUAUAUCCCAUUCUAUGGUGGUGCUGAGUACCAUGAUUACCAUCAUUACGUUGGAGGACAAAGCCAUAGCAAUUUUGCUUCAGUCUUCACUUACUGUGAUUACAUCUACGGUACUGAUAAGGGAUAUCGUUACCAGAAGAAGCUCCUCACAAAGCUGAAAGAAUAAUCGAGUUGUAAAGGUCAACAAAAUGCAUGGGCUCAAAUUGGAUUGGAAAUAAAUAUACUUGGCCUGGCCUAUUGUAUUUUUAUGAAGAUUAUUACAUAUGUUGAGUUGUAAUAAGAGAGUUAGUUACUUCUGUUGUAAAAACCUCUCAUAUAAAGAGUUUUAUCUCUCUCUUGUAAUAACUUACUGAUUCAUUCUCUUCUUUCAUCUAAUGAGAAACUCUAUGUCUUUCUCUCG